AAGGUUUCGUCCACUGUUUGUCCACGUCUCUUGUUCAACGGACUUGUCUAUUGCUGUCCAUUGGAUUCUUGGGUCAGCAAACAACGCGUCUGUUACCGCGCAUUCGAGGCCAGCUAUGUCCAUACAGAUGGAUAGGGUGCACACUUUGGCCUCUCGACCCCCUCCAAUUGUUCCUACAUCUACCUACUUACAGAUGUCCGCAAAUGUAGUUCCUCGUGGUGCGGAGAAGCUUCCUUCGCCCGAGCAACCCCCCAAUGAUGAGAAGCAGAGCCAGAUGGAACUGUCACUGAAACGUUCUAUUACGCUUGUUAUAUGGUACAAGCCGGCAUGCGAUCCCAUUCGCCUAAACCACGAGAUAUCCACCUUUCCGUUGUUUCAGCUGUCGCAUUUUCCAUCCGUGGUUUCCGACCUGGAACUCACACCCGCUUCAUACGUCGAUUCUUAUAAUCAUGCAACAGGCAAUUGGGAGCAACAUAUGAUUACCACUGUCCGUGCGAUCGAGACAGACCAGCGUCUCUUAUAUAAACUCCGUAAAAGUCUUCUAAGUGGGCUUUUAGACGAGGAAUGCCGAGGACUCGCAGAGGAGUUGGCGCUACAGUCGAAGAAGAAACAACCCGUAUCUCCUACGAUUGUCACACAAAAUGGCACCAAGAGGCCUGCAACUGAGCAUACAGAGGGUCCUCCCACAAAAAGACCAUACCCACCGGAAGGGUACCCGCACCCGAUGUAUAUACCGCCCAUGGGAUAUAUGUACCCGCAGGUCCCGCUUGGACAUCCAAUGAGUGCACCGCCAGUUGCUAGCCCAUCCCACGCAAACAGUCCCGAGGGCGAGGCAUCCUCGCCCAUGCCACACCCAUACUCAGGUCCUCCUCCAACUCCGAUGAGCGGCCAGCCACCGAACAGCCCAGGACAGUAUCCAGUGGUGUCGCCUUCGUCAGCCACUCGAACAGGGCCAGGGCCAUUCCCGCAGCACCCCCACCCGCCACUCAAAAGAUGGCCUAACGAUUAUACUGUGUCUGAAAUUGCUGCCGGUUUCCGGCAGAUGGAUGCUCUUAUUGCCCAGACCCCUAAUGCGACUCAGCGCAUGUCAUUCGAACGCAUUUUUGGAUGCCGGUAUGUUAAGUCGACCGUGUGCCGGCACCGUGGCGUAUAUCGCAAAGCUGAUGCAGCAGUUCGGAGCAUGUUUGAGGGUAUGGGGACUGACGAACGUGCCGUGUGGGGUGAGUUUGUGAGGCGCGUGGAGGGUCGGCCAUCAGGAAAGCAGGGGCAAGGGGAAGAACCUGCUCUUCAUGGUGACCUUCGUGAGGGAAGCUCGCAGCCCGGUCAAGUUCAGCAGGAACAAUGCGGAGAGGCGAGCACAGUCCCACUUAUGGAUUCCCUGGUGCCGUCACCACAUAUGACUGUCCCCUCGUCACCCCCUGGUAUGCCACAUAUCAAUGGGCAUGUUCCUGUUUAUGAUCCAAGCCUAGCAGAUAAAGAUGCUGGCUUGUCUGGAACAUGAGGUCCAAGUUAUCUCAGCAUUUUGAACCCCCUUUUCGCGAUUCACGGAUUCCGUGUGGUAUUUGUAGGACUUCCUCCUUUAAUUCACAAUCUAGGGCUCAGGGCUAUGAUGUAUUUACUGAUAGCGUGACCUGCGAUGUUCCCAUGAUUGAUCAGCGCCAAAGGCUAUAAGGC